AUGGGUCAAAUAAACUCGACAUAUUUUAGAAGUACGAGCGCCGAAGAGCAGUAUCAAAAAUAUCGUAAAUUGGCCAGUGAAGAGGCUAGACUCCGUAAUGAAUGUUUUUCGCAGUCGCAGGAUGCCUAUAAAAAAAAGCAAGGAAAGAGAGCAAAGGAAUUGUCGCUAAAGGGAAAGGAGCACGCAAGAAUAAUGGCUCAAUAUAACGCCAAGGCCGUCGAGAUCAUUUUUGCGGCAAACAACGGAAAUCGUUCAUAUGACGAAAUCGACCUUCACGGAUUAUUCGUCAAGGAGGCACUCGAGAAGACGGAAAGUAGGAUUGAAUAUUGUAAAAAGCACAAUAUCGAUCACCUCACUGUAAUAGUGGGGCGCGGUAACCAUUCGCAAGACGGGAUCGUAAAACUAAAGCCUGCUAUUGCAGAGUUAAUGGAGAAAUAUCAACUAAGUUGUACACCGGAUAAGCCGACCAUCGGCUGCCUUUACGUGGAAUUCGGAAAUACUCACCAGAAGACGGAUUUGAGCUUCCUAUCUUUCUUCGGGAUUAUCGAAGAUAGAUGCGUGAUUUGUUAG